AAGAGUUAACGGAGCGGUGGGUUUGCCCAUUCUCUCGCUGUGAGUGACGCGAUCAUCUCUCUUAUCCCUCAACUUUGCCUGUUGCCAGACCAGGCAGCCGAGGUGGACGCUGGCUAUGACCGAGCACCGACCCGCCGAAUACCAAACAAAUCCACGUUUUACUUCCUUGUUUGUUUUCCCGCUGACAUUCCCUUUCGUUUCCUCCCGGCUGCUGUUUCCCAACGAUGAUUUUUAGUUUUCCUUUCCAUCGGACGCUCCGAUGUGCCGUCUACUACACGGAGGCGUGAAUCUUUUUUGAGUAGAGGUGGAUCUUCCCGGAUACGGCGAGGAGGGAGCUCUAUGAAUUAAAAAAGGGAAGAUUUAGACGGAGAACUGCACAAAUAAAAUGCCACGGAGGAAACAAGAAGCGCCCAAGCGCGCAGCAGCUUAUUCUCCUGAGGAACGGGCAGAGCGCAUGGUGGAGGAAGCAGAAGCGGGAGAGUUGCCCUCAGUACCUCACGAUGACCUUUCCAUAAAAGAGGAGCUUGAGCAGAAUCUAGGGACUGCUGAGGAGCAGGCAUGUGACCAUGAAUCAGCUGAGGCUGCUGAGCUUUCAGGACAAGAGAUGGACAGCGAGUCACAUGUGAGCGAGACAAGUGACCGCCUCUCAGACUUUGAAAGCCCCCCUAGAAAAGCUGAGGCCAGCUUGGUCACGGCAUCUCAGAGUGCUGAUGCCAAGACACCUCCCAUAGGCAUUGACACUUUAGAACAAAUGAAGGCCAUCUACUCCAGUUUCUUGACCAGCCCUUUGUGGUCGCCAUUGAACUUGAAUCCCACACCACUACAGCCACAGCCCUCAGCAUCCGCAGAGAAGCAAACUCGCAGCAACAGCACUAGCAGCAGUAGUAGCUGCAGCAGUGGAAGCUAUGACUGGCACCAGUCUGCAGUGGCAAAGACACUACAACAGCACCCACCUCAGAGUCGGCAAACUACUCCAGCUGAGCCCAGCCUCUUCAGCACGGUCCAACUCCACAGGCAGAACCCUAAGCUGUUUGGUUCAAUCUUCACAGGAGCCAGUAAGUUUCGUUGCAAGGGCUGCAGUGCUGCUUACGAUACCCUGGUGGAGCUGACGGUUCACAUGAAUGACACAGGCCACUACAGAGAUGACAACCAGGACAAGACGGGCAGUGGUGCAAAGCGCUGGUCCAAACCACGUAAGCGUUCACUAAUGGAGAUGGAAGGGAAGGAGGAUGCCCAGAAAGUUUUGAAGUGCAUGUACUGUGGCCAUUCCUUUGAAUCCCUCCAGGACCUCAGUGUCCACAUGAUCAAGACUAAACACUAUCAAAAAGUGCCUCUGAAGGAGCCCAUGGCACCUGUGGCAACCAAAAUUAUGUCUUCUAAGAAAAGGGGACUUGUGGGUCUGGACCUCACAUCUGCACCACGGUCAAGAGAAGGAACCCCCAAAGCAAAAGGAGAGAUGAGCGAACCCUCACAGAAACCUUCCUUCGACCUCUACACCGCACCGAAUAAUCGAUACAGCCACCAGAACGGUGCGAGCUACACGUGGCAAUUUGAGUCUAAUAAACUACAGAUCCUCAAGUGUAUGGAGUGUGGCAGUUCCUACAACACACUCCAAGAGUUAAGAACCCACAUGAUGGUGACAGGCCACUUCCUGAGGAUGACCGGCUCCGUGGCUAAAAAAACAAAAACACUCUCUGAAGCUACCUCCCCCAAUCCAGGACGGGUGAACACACCCACUGAGCAGAGAGUCCAGUCUGUACCGCUUGCACCCUCCACCUUUUCACCGUCACCUCUUCAAACCACCACAACUCCCCCUGCCACCUCCCCACCUCUAAAGGAGAUAAAGAAGGAGGAAGUUGAGGAAGAGUGCACCAAGCAAGAAACUGUUGGAAAUGAGAAACAAGUUCCAGUUGCCGUUGGUAAGGAGGAGGAUGUUGAGAAGGAAGAAAAAUUUGACAUUUCAAAGUAUAAUUAUCUUACUGAAGAGGACCUGAAGGAGAGCCCCAAAGGAGGGCUAGAUAUUCUCAAAUCACUAGAAAACACUGUGACAUCAGCCAUCAACAAGGCACAGAGUGGAAAUCCAAGCUGGGGGGGCUACCCCAGUAUCCAUGCAGCCUACCAGUUCCCAAGUGCUCUCAAACUCCAACAGGGCAACAUGGAUAAGAAUUCCCAGAUGAAGUUCCUGUUCAGUGGAGGGGAUGGAGCCUUGUCCUCUUAUGCUAAAAACCAGCCCCUCGUUUCCCCACCACUAAGCCAGUCCUCCCCCUUUCCCACCAACAACUUUCAAGCAAUGGAAGAUUUAGUUAAAAAAGUAACGGAGAAAGUUGCAAAAGUGGAGCAAAAGGCUAAGCAGAUAUCUCCAAAGAGGGACAACCAGCUGUCCCCUUGCAGUAGUGAUGCUGGAGAUUCACACAAGGGAGGAGAGGCUGAAUCGCCUCGGGAUUGGAGGGAAGGCACUCCAGCCAAUAGUGAUAGGGGAAGCCAUAGUGACAGGGCAUCCCCAGCAACAGAACCCAAGAGAGACUCCAUUGUAAAAUCUCCUCUUGCCUCUGCGCUGAGAUGCAGCACCGCCAUUAUCACUGGUCAUACUCCCCCUGAGCAGCCCUUUGUCAACCCACUAAGUGCUCUUCAGUCAGUAAUGAACAUUCAUUUGGGGAAAGCAGCCAAACCCUCUUUGCCAAAUCAAGAUCCCCUUAGCCUGCUUUCUAGACUCAGCCAGAGCAUGACUGAGAAGGCCGCAGUAGCUGCUUCUCCAUUACAGACCAAAAAGCCAGAAAGUGUAGUUGAUAAUAGUUUCUGUCAGCUCAGCGAUGACCAGCCUAUCGACCUCACAAAAAGCAAAAGUGAUAAAGGUGGCUCUACAGGCUCCGCCCCGCUUACGCCCUCAUCCACGGCCUCCUCGAUAUCCCCUAUCUCGCUUGUUACCCCUGCAAAACUAGCAGUGGUGUCUCCCUACACAUCCACCAGCCCUCUUCAUGAAAAUGCAUUAUCAGAUAUUUCAGACAUGCUUAGAAACCUGACACAGUCCCACCCUGUAACAAAGCCCCCUUCACGACCCCGAGUCACAGAUAAAACAGAAGUUAUGGGCUCAACAGUCGAAGAGGAUGACGUGUCGCUGCAUGGGCACAAGCGCAAAGGUCGCCACUCCAACUGGAACCCGCAGCACCUCCUCCUUCUGCAGGCCCAGUUUGCCUCAAGCCUGAGACAGACUUCAGAGGGGAAGUUCAUCAUUAAUGACCUGAGCCCACAAGAAAGAAUGCACAUAUCUCGUUUCACAGGUCUCUCCAUGACCACCAUCAGCCACUGGCUUGCAAAUGUCAAGUACCAGCUACGGAGAACGGGCAGAACCAAGUUCCUGAAGAAUCUGGACUCCGGUCAGCCUAUAUUCUUCUGUAGUGACUGUGCCUCACAGAUCCGAACCCCAACAGCUUACAUGUGCCACCUGGAAGCCCACCUGGGUUUCAGAAUCAGGGACCUGGCCAAGAUGUCCCCGAAACAGACUGCUAGGGACACUAACACACUCGCUGAGAAAAUUGUACCCUUGGAGUCCUUCCUCUCUCCGCAAUCUCCAGAUGACCGUAACAGUAAUGGAGCAGUUUAUCGCUGCCAGCUCUGCAUCCGUAAGUUCGCCACUAAGCACGCCAUCAAGCUUCACCUCAGCAAGACCCAUGGAAAGUCUCCAGAGGACCAUCUGCUGUAUGUGUGUGAGCUAGAGAAACAAUAAAUUACUCUUUGCAGUAGACGUACUGGGGGGGAGGGGGAUGUAGAAUGACUGUUAAAAGCAAGGCAGAAAUGUAUAUAUAUUCAAAGUGUAUGGUAAGAUUUCAUGAACUACUGUUAAACGUCAGCACAAGGUGUUUACAUCUGCUCGGCCUAUAAACAUUUCUGGUUUCUCUGGAUUUCAAAAGGCAUUUAUGUCACCUUAAAAUAUCGUGUAGCUCAAAGACGUUCCGCUUCUCCUGUCUGUGUUUCCUCUUCAAAAUAUCAGACAACUGGGGCGAGAUUCGUUUGACUAGAAAGUCGUGCAUUAACUUGAAAUGUAUUGAAUUUAUUUAUUUUAGAUUUUGGACGUUUGGAUUUCGUUUUGCUGUUCAGCUGCAUGUUUAACUGUUACGUUUGUGCGGUCCCGUUCUGUCCUGUCGAGAUUGGAAAAUGCCAUUUCAGAACUUGUCGUCACCUUAAGAGCAGCCAAAUUCCUGGGAGAGCUCCUUCAAAGAAACUGCCAAACUAUGGAAGUACAUCACUUUUCUUUAUUGUUUUAUCAAUUUUCUUGCUGAUUGUAAAAUCUGCCUUAUUCAUUAUCAUUGAGUAAGGGGCACUUAAAAUCCAGGUCUGUGUACAAAUGUAUAUAUAAAUUGUGUAACCUGACAAUUAACUGUUUAAAUUAUGCAUACUUGUUAUAUUUCCUAAUUUAAGAGGACUAUGACUAUCCACUGGUGCAGAGCCUUUGAAGAAGAUUAAAAGGACACUGUUUUGCACAAUAGUUUUAUAAAUGUUAUUUGAUAUAAAAAACACAAUACAGAUAUGUUGAUGCCUUGUGCUUCUAUGAUUAAAUUGAAUUAACUGCUGCGGAAAAAAA